GACGGGAUAAGACGUGGCCGACCAAGAGCAGACACAGUUCGUGACCUAAUAAAUGAAGGAGAGCAUUCUUCUAGCAGAAUACGUUGCAAUAUCUGCAACAGGGUGUUUCCACGAGAGAAAUCACUACAGGCACACAAACGAACUCAUACCGGUGAAAGACCUUAUUUGUGUGACUACCCAGACUGCGGGAAAGCCUUUGUUCAGAGUGGACAACUCAAAACUCACCAGCGUCUUCACACAGGGGAAAAGCCUUUCAUCUGCUCAGAGAAUGGCUGUUUAAGCAGGUUCACACAUGCAAACCGUCAUUGCCCCAAACACCCAUAUGCCCGGCUGAAGAGGGAGGAACUCACAGUCAGACUGAGUAAAAAACAGACAUCUGACAAUAAAGCUGCAGCUGAGUGGCUAGCGAAAUACUGGGAGACUAGAGAACAGCGUGCUCCCACUUUGAAAAGUAAAACAAUCCAGAAAAUGGAUCAGGAACAGCAGGAUCCGAUGGGAUAUCUUCAAUCUGAUGAAGAGGAUGAUGAAGAGAAAAAUAGUGCUCAUUCAGCCGCUCGCCGCAGCCUCCAGGAACAGCGUGAACGCAUGCAUGGUGCAUUGGCUCUUAUUGAGCUUGCAAACCUAGCUGUGGCACCACUGUGA